GGAGACUUCCGGUGUCCUUGCGGUGUCGCGGUGUCCACCGGAGGCCCAUAAAAGCUGUAGAGCGUCGAGGAGAUCCGGCAUACGGGCAACCUGCGCACCUGCGACCAGGUCAAAGCGAUUGCGUAGACCGAAACGUGGCGGUGCACCAGUGGGAAUCGGGAUUCCGGCUCGCCUGCAUGCGGUUCCAUCGAAAUAUUUGAAUGUCAAAGGCUGCUAGUCGCGAAGAAUGUCGGCUCGGGGAGCUACCAGCCGCGCUCGCUGAGGGAUAUCUCUGUGACAAACAAACGAAACGAGACAGGAUGGUAUCCUUCGGACCGGAACGCACUAAUACGAACACGGAUGCCUGAAUUGUUCAAGCCUCGAAGGACCGUAACGUUUUUAUGAAUGAAAAGUUCGAGCUAUGGCGAGAUAGAGGAUCACAUCACACUCGAGAAAGACAAGCACACGAUUUCCUCCGUUUCUCGAACCGAAGACUCCGUCAACGUUUGUCGGUCGAGGCAUGAUCUACUGACCUAAUCGUCUUCCCGCGUCCCGUCUGAGUACAAUGUUCCGGUAUGGCAGUGAAGUACUUGGACGGGCCCUUCGUCUUCAGACUUAACGACAAUGGUGCAGGACCCCAUCUCCUUGUACAGGUUUGCACGGAACGCGGCUGGAGGGAAUACACCGGUGACAAUAAUGUAUUCAAAGAUCGAUGGAAUUUAUGGUGGCGGUCCGGCGGUUUCCCUUCGCCUCAUUACAGGCCGUUGCCCUGGCAGUUCGUCAAUAGAAUUCCGAAAGGGAGCUCGAUCUGCAGAAAAGACAAUCUCAUCCGUCACCUGAGAUGCAUGAAGAAAAUGCACGGCUCGAUCUACGACUUCAGUCCAGCAGGGUAUAACUUACCGUCGGAAUACACGAAAGUGGCGGAGGAAUGCAGCCGUUGCGAUGAGGACAGGAUCUGGAUCUGCAAGCCGGUCGGUCAGAGCCAAGGAAAAGGGAUCUUCCUCUUUCGCAAACUGAGCGACCUUACGUACGACAACACGACGAUCGUGCAAAGGUACAUCGAGAAUCCUCUGCUGAUCGGCGGCUACAAGUUCGAUCUACGAUUGUACGUCUGCGUACCCUCGUAUCGUCCUUUGACGAUAUACUUGUACAAGGAAGGCCUGACGCGUUUCGCCACGGAGAAAUUCUCGUUGGAACACCUGAACGAUCCCUUCCGGCAUUUGACCAAUUUCUCUCUGAACAAGCUGGGUCCAGGGUACGCGGAGAAGAAGGAACGCGUCGGUUCUGGUUGCAAAUGGACGUUCAAACAGUUGAGAAGGUAUUUCGAGCAGACGGGUUACUUCGACUGGUUCCUCUGGCAGAGGAUCUCCUGUUUAGUGAGUCUAACGAUACUGAGCCAAGCGGCGGGUAUACCUAAAUCUUCCAAUUGCUUCGAAUUCUUCGGGUUCGACGUGUUGAUCGACAAGAAUUUGAAACCGUGGCUACUCGAGGUCAACGUCAGCCCGGCUCUGAGCAACGACUGCGAGAUCGACUCGGAGGUGAAGAAACCGCUGCUGCACGAUUUGUUCGAUUUACUAGGUCUUCCGGUAUGCAACACUGGACUCUCUCUAUUCAAGAUAUGGUCGGCGAGCCCGGUCGACGACGAGGUGGAAGUGUCUUCCAAGUUUUGUGGAGGUCGAACCGCGAAGAGGAAAUCCAAAACUGGCAGGGAGACCGACGGUUUUCUAAACUUAUGCACGGAACUUCAACCUACUCUCAGACGAUCAUCUCUGCACGAUUGUUCGAACGCGUGGUCCCGUUACAAUCCUUUGUUGGUGGACAAGUAUAUUCCUCGCGGUUUCCGGGGCACCAAUCCAGAAAAUCACGAUAAAACGUCGGUGUGGGACAAUGGCAAGGACUGGAGUACACCAUGCGUGAAGGAAGGUGGAUGGGUACGCAUCUACCCGUUGACUCGAACGAACGAUGACAAUGCGACGGAGUAUGCGCCGUCGUCGGUGUCGGAGUCUUCGCGCGUCGUGGAGAAGGACAUUAAGAACACGGUUCUUUGUAUACAGAAGUAUCUGAAAGCUGCCAAAGAAGUGUAUAAGAAAAAUGAGAAAUAUAGGGACGAACAAUGUAACGCUAUGCUGCGAAAAGCGCUAGAACUGACUACCGAAAUUUGGCUGCCAGGAAAGUGACGAUCGAUUAUAAAAACAAAAAUCCUUGUCUUUCGAGCGUUCUGUUUUUUCUUCGUCUUUAACGCAAUAUUCGGCACGAUACGCUUCGACGAUUUAAUCAUUUUUACGAACGCGAUUUAAAAGGAUCGUGAUAUUUACACGAAUUAUAUUGAACUUUGAUUUUCUACCGCCGCUCUGUUCAUCUAACGCAGUUUCAACAGCCAAACCGUUAAUGAUAUUUUUUUAAAUAGCAAGAUAGAUUUUAAU